AUGCAGAAGACGCUCAUCGCCGAGGGAUCCUUGAGUCCCGUAUGGCCAAGCAGCAACGAGUUUACUUUCCCGGUGGGUGCGGAGGACGGCGAGCUGGAGCUCAAGGUGAUGAACUCCUCGGUGCCAGCAAACCAAGUGCUGGGAUCGCUGGGCCUCGCGCUUUGGAAUGUCCCUCCGGCCCAGUGGCUGCAGAGACGCGAGAAGCUGGUGGGAGGACCCGGUGAACUGGAGUAUGCCUUCUUCUUCCAGCCGGCAAAGGUCUCCACCGAAGUGCCGCAGCCAGGCACCGCACCGAAGGCCAUGCCUGAAGCUCCCCCGGCGCCGCCAAGCGCCCUCGCGGGGCCCACUGCUGGAAGCUACGGAGGUCCGGCGCUGAUUGCACCGAUUCACUUCGGACCUCAGAUUCCAUUCGGUGAGCCACCUCCGGGCUCGAUGGUGGCCGGGGACCUCGUGCUUCCCCCUUUGACCGCCGGUUGGGAGGCCUUCAAACCCGUCCCUCGUGCUCCCCAAGCACUGCGCUCCCUUCCAGCGCCUCCGACCAAAGAGGAGCCAAGGAUGGAGGAGCACCAGGCACUUUUCCCUGACAUGUUCCACUACGAGAAGGAUGUGCACGAAGCCGAAGAGCUUUGGCUGAAGCCACCUGAGCAUGACAAGGCUGACGAGCUCCUGGGUGCUGACCGGGACUUUGAGGUGCUGGCAUCCACCGCUGAGAAAUGGCGGGCCCCCGUACUCACACCUAUUCAGCUGGAUGUCUUCCACGACAAGGUUUUCCCCGACAUGGAUGUCAGCUUGGUGCUGCCCCAGCAGGGCGCGAAGAAGGCACGGGCGGCACGGGAAGUGAAGACGCGGAGGAGGGAGCGGCGUGACCAAGGACUGCCCGAGAUCCCCGUUUGGAACCUGGCAGUGAGGCGUUUGGAACCCCGCCACUUCCUGCCGUUUACUUGGUUUACAUUGACCAGGCAGCUGAAAGACCAGGAAACAAAGCAGACUCCUCCGCCACAGGCUUUGUGCAGUUUGCAGGAGCCCAAGACCAAGUGGAUCUCUCCGAUCUUGGAGGCGCGAAGCAAGCGCCGGCGUGCGAAGCUCAAGGUGGAGCGGGAGCUGGUGCGGCCGGAGCAGGCCCUCGACAUCGAUCAGCAGCUGCAGAGUCCUGAGAUGAUCUGCCUGGAUCCCGCACUCCAACCUCAGCAAUACAAAGCGCAGGUUGUGAGCCACCUGGAGCCUGAAGAGGAAAGACGUGUUUGGGUGCGAAGACCUGGAUCGGACCCAACCGUCAUGGAGGCGCUGCUCUAG